GCGUGGCCUUCGGAUCCGUCUUCAGGGCUCGGGGCUCGUGGCUCAAUGUCUGCACGGUUUUCUCUCUGCACGGUUGGGUUCGCCCCUCAUGUCGGCACUACCUCCUCGGCUUCGAACGCAGGUAUGUGUGUCUCCGCCGCUUCGAACGCUUCGCACCUCCUCCUGCCUCGGCACAAGCUCCGGCCCGCCUCCUCGCGCCGCCGCAGCCCUGGCCACCGGCUCGGUGUGGCGCUCGCCUCUGCAGACCAGUUUGUGCGCGCGGCGCCUCCCACCGACGCGUCGGGAGGCCCGGUCCUGUCUUCGCUCUACCGCUACCCGGUCAAGUCUGGCCGUGCGGAGCCUGUCGGCGAGGCGCGGCUCACUCCCGAGGGUCUCGAGGGCGACCGCCGCUUCGUCGUCGUCUCGGCCGCCGACGGCACGCACCGGACGCAGCGGGAGCUGCCGCGCCUUGCGAUUCUCGAGGCGACGGUCGAUAGCGCGGCCGACGUGCUGCGGCUCCGUGCGGGCGCGGGCGGCGUCAACGUCAGCAUAUCCCGCGAGGGAGCGCAGGCGAAGGCCGCCUCCCUCUUCGGCGCGCCCCUCCGGCUCGCCGACCAGGGCGACAUUGCGGCCGCCUGGCUUUCUUCCUGGCUAGCAAGCAGCAGAGGAGGCGCAGGCAGGCGAGGCCGAGGCAGAGGAGGCGGAGGCGGAGGCGAUGGCGGAGGAGGCAUCUUCGCCGCCGCCGCAGCCAUCCUCUCCGCCGCCGCGCCGCCCCGCUACCGGCUGCUGCGCGCGCCCGACCCGGGGACCGGGGGGGAGGCUGGCGUCGCUGCGGCGGGCGCGGCCGCGAGCGGCGCGGCGCUGCGUGGCGGGGCGGGGCUGGCGGACGUGUCUCCGCUGCUGCUGGUGUGCGAGGAGUCGCUGCUCGCUCUCAACGCGCGCCGCGCCGCCGAGGGACGGCCCCACGCCCCGCUCUCGCGCUUCCGGCCGAACCUCGUGCUCCAGGGCUGUGGCCGGCCGCACGCCGAGGACGCGUGGAGGCGCGUCCGGGUCGGCGGGGCGGAGUUCCACGUCGCCGGCCCCUGUCCACGCUGCGGCGUGCCGGAUGUUGCACAGGCGACGGGCGCGCGCGACCCGGCGGCGACCGGGCCGAUGGCCUCGCUGCGGCGGUACCGCUCCCGCGGCGGGCAGGUCCACUUUGGCAUCUACCUGGUCCCGCUCAACCCGGGCGCGAGCGUGCGCGUCGGUGACAGCGUGGCCUUUGAGGCGUGACACGUCACAGCUCAUCUUCGUUUCGUGCUGAGCCUAAGGUAAGGUAAGGUGUAAGCGUAAGCCGUAAGGUAAACUU